AUGCAGCUCAACCCUCUGUCUCAGGACACCUGGAGGCAUGGACACCAUGGUACCUGCCCCACGCCCAUUGAAAGGAAUCCUCACUUGACUCUCCAGGACCCUACUGUCAACCGUUUUUACUACAUUCUCUCUCCUGGGAACAGAAGAUCCUACCUGCUUGACAACUCCUCCAAUUCCAUCCAGCGAGAGUCCCUAGCUACCCCCAUGGGACUGGAGGACAGUGCCCCCGGUGUUCAGCAGAGGCAUCAGCAGCCUGGGGUUGCCCUCCAGAGUCUAGAAGGGGAGGAAAUCGCCCCAACAGAUGUUAAAUACCGCCUGCAGCUGCUCGAGGAGGUUCCAUUCCAGACAAACAGCUCAAGUGGACACAGCCAGCACAAACCGGGAUGGAACCCGCUCAGCAAAUCCCACAGAGAAUGGUUCAAGCCCUGGAAGGUGGAGGAUGUGUCAUACCACAGGGACGAACCCUUCUAUUCAGGUCACAUUCAGGGCAGAAGAAUAGCACCAAGAGAACAUCAGAGCCACAAGGAGUAUGUCAGCCAGGACCAGAAUUACACCCAAGUUCCAAUAUGGAGGCAAGCCUUCUCACUUGGUCUAGACAAGAGCAGUCAGGGCAUUGUCCAAUCCACACAACGUGUGUUAAGGGAAAUGGCGCCCGGCUGGCCCACGACCCAUGCACAUCAAGAGCUGAGCCAGACAAAGUCAGGGAUAGCGAGUAUGGGUACAAAGAGCAUUGCCAACUCUGAUGAAGCCACAACAUCCAGGAUGUCCUGUCUGCCACCUCUCAAGCUCCUGUCGAGAAGAGUCAAGAGCAAGUGGCCCCCGCAAACACCUGGAAUCUUCCAAGGCAAAUUCCAAGCUGAACUGACUGGCAAGCACUUCUUCCAGGACUGGAGGGCUCAGCCCCAAGGGCACUAUGGAAGCAACGAAAAAACCCUGGUGCCAUUUGAGGAUCAAGUCCACACCAGGCUCAUGUACAUGCCCUUGUUUACUGGAAGAGCGAAGCUGUAUAAGCCCAAAGCAAACACAAGACCAACAUUUUCUCAACUGAGCAGGAAAAAUCGAACAGACUCAGCUCUUAGACCAGUUGCUGCCAUUCUUACCACCAUCCACAUGAUGUCUCGUGAUGCCAGCAGGGCAUGGGUGAGUCAUGUCUUGGGAAGGAAUGCUGUCCCAUAUGUCUCAGAAGGGCAAGGUUUCAUGCAGCCCCAGGUUGACCUCCAACUCAACAGAAACCGUGAACUUCUGGUCCUCCUGAAUUCUCCUCCCAAGGGAUAG